CAAUAUAAGAGAGGGGGAGGCUCCAAGCACAAUUCGUCUUCUUAUUGAAACUGUGCUUGAAAGUUUUGAUUAUUUAAGAGUACCAAACAGGGAGAGAGUGAGAGAGCGAGCAAGAGAGGCGCAGCUGCGAGAGACAGCCCACUUGGAGCUCUGAGGCAGAAGUGAUGGAUUCAGCUCACCACAAAGUGACAAUCUUCUGAAGCGCCAAAGGCAGCGCACGACCUGGCCUGGACUCAGGAUAGUAGCCAACGUCAAUAUUGUCUCUUAAGACUGAUGCAACAAGUUCUUUCACAGUCUGGAAGUCGACCUUCUGCUGACCAGAUGAUUUUUUCAAAUAAUAGCCUUUCAAGCACUUUUACCUGUGCACUGCUGGAAUGGACUGAGAUGACAGAGAGCGAGUAACCAGACGAGGACAGAGCGCAGGAGGACCAAGCCGUCUCACUUGGGAUGACUUUCCGUCAAGAGGAACUACAGUUGGCUCAGCCGGGAGAGAAAGGCAACUGAGGGAGUCUCCUCAACACGCUUCAGUUUUCUUGCUUGGUGAGUUGGACACAGUCUGAUGGAUACCCCUUCAAUGGUCCUACUGGGGCUCCUUCUAGCUUCCGGGCUCGUCCGUCAGAUACAGGGGAGUGUCUCGGACAGCCGCCACAGCUUUACGGGAGCCCAAGAGUUCGAGAGUAGCGACGAUGGUCUGGAGAAAGAAUUUCUAUAUGCUGGUAGAAACAAACGCGCUCCCGCGGACCAGCAGCAGGACAAAUGCUCUUACACGUUCAUUGUGCCACAGCAAAAGGUGACGGGGGCUAUCUGCGUCAACUCCAAGGAUCCAGAGGCCACCCUGGAGAAUCGGGUCAAUAAGCAGGAGUUAGAGCUACUAAAUGUGGAGCUGCAGAAACAGAAGAGGCAGAUCGAGACUCUACAACAAUUGGUAGAGGUCGACGGAGGCAUCGUGAACGAGGUCAAGCUUCUGAGGAAAGAAAGUCGAAACAUGAAUUCCAGAGUUACCCAGCUGUACAUGCAACUCCUCCACGAGAUCAUCAGGAAGAGAGACAACGCCCUAGAAUUAGCUCAGGUGGAGAACAAAAUACUUAACCAAACUUCAGAGAUGCAAAUGCUUAGCAGUCGCUACAAAGACUUGGAGCAUAAGUACCAGCACUUGGCCUCUUUGGCCACCAACCAGUCAAGUCUCAUCGCCCUCCUGGAGGAGCAGUGCCAGGGUCGACCUCCUGCCCGACACGUGCCCGAGCCACAGCCGCGGGCGCAGCCGCCUCGACCGUCGCCGCCUCUUAACAGGCCUUACCAGCCAGCAGUCCUUCCUCGUAUUAACAAGCCACUCAGCAAUGAGAUACAGAGUGAUCAGAAGUCCCUACCGCCUCCGACUAUGCCGACCAUCACACACGACCCGUCCUCCACUGACAAGCCCUCUGGUCCAUUUAAAGACUGCCUGCAGGCUCUGGAAGACGGCCACACCAGCAGCGGCAUGUACUUGUUAAAACCGGAGAAUGCCAACCGUCUCAUGCAGGUGUGGUGUGACCAGAGACACGACCCAGGUGGCUGGACCGUAAUCCAGAGGAGAGUGGACGGCUCUGUCAAUUUUUUCAGGAACUGGGAGACAUACAAGCAAGGGUUCGGAAAUAUCGAUGGCGAGUACUGGCUGGGCCUGGAAAAUAUCUACUGGCUGACUAACCAGGGAAACUACAAGCUGCUGGUAACGCUGGAGGACUGGUCUGGCAGAAAGGUGUUCGCCGAGUAUGCCAGCUUCAGAGUGGAGCCCGAGGCUGACUUCUAUAAGCUACGGCUGGGUCGCUACCACGGCAACGCCGGCGACUCCCUCACCUGGCACAACGGAAAACAAUUCACAACACUGGAUAGAGACCAUGAUGCAUAUACAGGUAAUUGUGCCCACUACCAGAAGGGAGGCUGGUGGUACAACUCUUGCGCCCAUUCUAAUUUGAACGGCGUUUGGUACAGAGGAGGACACUACCGAAGCCGUUACCAAGAUGGAGUGUACUGGGCAGAGUUCAGAGGAGGAGCUUAUUCACUCAAGAGAGUGAUCAUGAUGAUCCGUCCAAACGCAAACACUUUCCACUAGCUAUGAAAAAAUGCAACAAAACAUAAAGGUUCAAAGAUCUACAUCGUCUUUAAUACAAUCGUAGUAUCCAAUUGUGUUGCUAUUGGUGCAUUGCUCAGGUACAUUACUGUUUAGUGCAGCGUGAAACCUUUCUCUUAUGUCCUCGCCUGUUCCCACCCACCUGAGAGAAAAACUCACUCACCGCAUUUACAUCGUGAUCACGGAAGGCAGCUGGGACUGAAAGAUAUUUUGCCCGUGCGUUAACAAACAUGUCAUGGAAGAAACGCACUGUUAAAAGUCUUCGGUUCACUUGCACCGUAGCACAAAUGUCUGCCAGGGAACAAACCACAAACAAGCGCUAAUAUUUAGAGUUCGUGAUAUGGCCGGUAUAGUCCACACAUAAAUGGUUAUAUGACACCGUUCAAUUGACUUUUGUGUGACAGAAAAUACAAGUUUGUCCAUCCAUCUAGCCGUUUUCUAUACCGCUUGUCCUCAUCGGCUGAGCUGAAGCCCGUCCCAGCUCGCUUUGGGCCAGAGGCCGGGUACCCCUGGACCGGUUGUCAGCUCUUCGCAGGGCACAUCCGGACAGACGACCGUUCACGAUUUAAUCUUCCAUUCCUCUGACAUGCCUGUCUUCGGAUUGUGAGAUGAAGCUGGAGAAAACCCACGCAAGCUUACGGAGAACACGCCCAGUCCUCCACCCUAGGGGGCCUGAGCCGAGAAUCCAGGACCUCCCCCUGACUGUGAGGCAGACAUGGUAACCACUACUUCACUGUACUGCCACAAGGUUAUCCAUAAUUUCAAAUUAUAUUGAAAAGGGAAUUACUUGAGUUAAUCAGAUUUGAGACAGAAACGUUCCAAUAUAUGUUCCACAGACACAAUGUAUAUCCAUUUGUACUAUCAGACACAGGAAAUGUAUCCCAUGACUAUUUUGUAGCUUCAUUCUAAAUAGAAGUUUAUAAUUCAUCAGAGCAGUGGCAUUGCUUUCUACAUGGGCACGUGUGGUCUAAAAUAUGGUGUAACGAUAUUGCAAUUUUCAUGUUCCCUGAUGUUUGACUUGGUGGCAUACAGAAUGUUGACUUUACCUUCUUGUUAUUUUUGAAUUUUUCAACUGCUUGAACAGUCAUCCACCGAUUUGCUUGUAUGAAUCAAGCAUUGUAUUUAGUGUAUAAAUAUGGAGGUUUGUUGAUGUCAAUGGAAACACAUGCGUUUGUACAUAAGAUAUUUGUAAUAUAAUGUAGUAAAUCCAUUUUAUGAAAACAAAAAACAAUAAAAUCUG